CUUUUGAUCACAUAAAUCUCUCUGUAUUUUCGGUUAACAGUUACGGUCAACUUUUGGUUGUGGUUGGUCUUUUAGAUGAUGAUGACCCGUAAAUCCGCAAGUUGUCGCGUCGAAAAAGAAGUCCCCACUGCCAGCGGCUUAAAAUGAACAAUGAUCGCAUAGUUACGAAAAGUAUUUGACAGUAAUUUAUCUACCAAAAGCCUCCAGAGGUCGUGCAAUCAUCGAAACUACAACACAUGUCAAGGUUCGAUUUUAUUGUUGAGGGCAUGGAAUAUAAAAUGUUUUCCGACCCUGGCAUAAAUCAUUGAAAUCAUUGUCCAAAAAUAAAUAACAUCUCUAAUUCAGACCAUUAAUUUUUAAAACAAUUUUGCAAAUUAAAAUCAAAUUUUUACUUUCAAAACUACAUAGCUCAAAAGAGGAAACGUUUCUUCUUUUUCUAAAAAAAGGUGGGGUGGUGUUUUCUCGUUUAUACAUUCAUUGUUUAUCCAUAAAUUUUCUAUUCAACAAAUUAAUUAAUUAUUCGGAUCUACUACUACUACAAUACUACUCCUACUACCAGGUUGUGGAUGAAUUGAUCUUUGGCGGAUGAUCAAUCCUCAUUGGAGAUUUUCAAUGACGAUACCGACUUAACUAUGCCGUAAAAACACAUCCUCUCCUCCCGGAGCAACCCUGUCGGGAUAUGAGAGUGGUGGAAAAGGAUUCAUACUGCUCCUUUCUCUUUUUCUAAUCCUGGAGCCAGUCAGCGAGUCUGCGUUGAUCGUGUAGUGAAUGAGAUCUAGCCAUGGCACCUCCAGUCGUCUUAUUAAUAUGGGGACUGCUUAUAACAGGAGGUGGAUCGACUCAAGUGCCUUUGGAGGAUCUCACCGCUUUUGUAAAUCAGGCUCACGAAGCGAUGAGCCAGAGGUUUCACAGUUUCGAACCGAAUCUGCAUAACAACGGUAUAAGACAGGAACCAGGAACUCCGGCGUGGUUCAUGGGUGCUUCGCACACAGGCAAACCGUCGACUAAGAACAUCACUCAUGCUGCUCUCAUGGCGGAAGAGACGACCAAGUACAUGUCCCACGCCCUCGGGUUAUCCGCGUCUGCUUUGGUGGGACAUCCAGUCAUCGGGACCGAACUUGGACAGAAUUGCCCCGCUCACGAAGAGCCUUGGUGCCAGGCGAAGAAGUACCGCUCGUUGAGCGGUCAUUGCAACAACGUGCAGACGCCUUCGUGGGGUUCCGCGGGAAGUUCUUACGCCCGUUACCUGUCGCCUGACUACGCCGAUGAUAUAAGCUUGCCUCGAGGAACGGCUUUAUACCCGGAGGGUCUUCCGAGCGCGAGAGACGUUUCGUUGGGAGUACACGACCAAGUGGACAGGCAGCACUCGCAUUUAGUAGCUACCGCAGCAAUCUGGGCGCAACUGGUUACCAAUGACCUUUCUUUAACACCUCAAAUGACAGGGUACAACGGCGUAAGGUUGAAAUGCUGCGGAGUUGAAUUUGCCGAUUUUCACCCCGAAUGCUUUCCGAUAAGGCUGCCGGAAAAUGACCCCAUCCACGGCGGUGCACGUUGCCAAGAGUACACCAGAUCCGCUACAGCCCCACGAAAGUCGUGUACACUUGGUCCUCGAGAGCAGGUCAAUGAAGCGACCGCUUUUCUCGACGGAUCUUCACUUUAUGGGACAUCAACUGAGGAAAAUGAACAGCUCAGGACUUUCGAAGGGGGGAAGCUUCUUCUUCCCAACGGCCUGCUUCCUCCCAGCAACUCAUCAGACUGCAGACCAAGUCGAAACCACAGGUGUUUUAAGUCCGGUGAUGUACGAGUGAACGAGAAUAUCGGCCUCGCCACGAUCCACACUAUACUGGCAAGAGAGCACAACCGUCUGGCCGAACAGCUGUCGAUACUGAAUUCACACUGGGUCGAUGAGAUACUUUUUCAAGAAGCCAGGAGACUCUUGAUCGCCCAGCUUCAGUACAUAACUUACAAAGAAUUCCUGCCUCUUAUUCUCGGCCAGGAUACAAUGGAAUCUUACAACCUGCAACCGUUGGACGAUGGCUAUUUUCAGGGGUACGACAUCAACCAAGACCCCAGUAUUGCCAACGCCGUCGCUUCUGCAGCAUUACAUUUUUCUGUAUCUCUAAUGCCGACUAGCAUGAAGCUUUUUGAUUUGGAUGGCCGAGUAAUAGGAGAAGACACUUUGGACAAAACAUUUUAUGCACCGUUCAGACUGUAUUCGAAAAACGGCGUAGAAACAAUUGUACAGUCGUUGCUCAGAUCUCCAGCACUCGACAGUCAAAGGCAUAUCAAUUCUGUUUUCACCCAACACAUGUUCCAGACGCCAGAGCAGGAGGGCGGAGGUUUGGAUUUAAUCGCCCAGCUUAUUCAGCAAGGCAGAGACCACGGCAUUCCUGGCUACACGAAGUGGUUGAAGUUUUGCGGGAUGAAAGAGCCUUCCACAUUUUCUGAAUUGAUCAACGUUAUGCCCCAAGAAUCCAUCAACGCUCUUCUAAAUGUUUACAGAAAUGUAUCGGAGAUCGAUUUACUCUCAGGCGGUCUGAGCGAGUACGUCCCUGAAGGAAGCACGGUCGGCCCUACCUUCCGAUGUCUUCUAGCAAAACAAUUUUUAUCCAUAAGAUCUGGUGAUAGGCACUGGAUGGAAUCCGAGCAUUCUGGUUUCACACGUGCACAACUGAAAUCCUUGAGGGAAGGUUCAAGCCUCGCUAGAAUUCUUUGCGAUAACACCGCCAUCAAGUACGUCCAGCCGAACGCUUUCCUGACAAUCGAUCCUUUCCUGAAUUCUUAUAUGGAGUGUGGAACUGAUAUCCUCGGCUUGAACUUAGCACCGUGGAAGGAAGAGAAGAAACAGUUCAUCAUUCCGAACAAACAAAUAUCAGAAGCUAUUGAGAAAGCCGAGAGUGAUCUUUUAAAGCUGCAUAAGCACGAGUGGAUGCUUCAUACUCAAAAUUUGAUGGCAGAUCCGCAAUCUCCAGUAGGAACCGCUUUUGGUUUCAAUCGCCCAAAACGCCAGGCGGCCAAAAUCGCCAAUACCUCUUUACUGCUCGAAUACGCUUCCACAAGAUUGAUAAGAAGCUUCAUCCAGGGGGAGCUUCAGGAUUUAGAAACGAGAGACAUCAAUUCUCUGGUUUCAACUUUGCCUCAAGUUGAACUCGGGAUAACAAGGGAGACGGAAUGUCUCGAAAUGAAACUGCCCUGUGAUCACACGUCCAAGUACAGGACUUACAGCGGUUGGUGCAAUAAUCUCGAGCGACCUGAAUACGGUCAGAGCUUCAGGCCUUUUGCUAGGAUACUACCGCCAGUAUACGCGGACGGUAUUGGUGCUCCACGAAUGUUUUCCGUCAAUGGAGGUACUUUACCUUCGCCUAGGCUGAUUUCGACUAUGAUCCACACGGACAAGUCACGCCCUCACACCAGAUACACUCUCAUGAUGAUGCAGUUUUCUCAAAUAACAGACCACGAUCUCACAUUUACACCUGUCAACAAGGGUUUCGUCGGGGAAGGGAUUUUAAACUGUCAAUCUUGCGAUUCGCCGCAGACCGUCCAUCCGCAAUGUUUCCCCAUCGAAAUUCCAGACGGUGAUCCUUAUUUCCCUUCAAAAGGUCCUAAUGGCGAGAGGCUCUGUAUACCUGCAACGAGAUCAAUGCCUGGGCAAGAAACUCUAGGUGCACGAGAACAAAUGAACCAAUUGACCGCAUACCUCGAUCUUAGUUUCGUUUACGGAAGUGAUACUUGCGAUGCAUCGGGCCUUCGAAGCCGUAGUGGAGGCACGUUGAACGUGACAAGGAGUCCGUUCGGCCUGCGAAGAAAGCCUCUGUUGCCGGAAACGCCUACAAACCUCGAAUGCAGGUCAAGGAACCGUGUUUGUUUUAACGCAGGUGACGCCAGAGCGAGUGAACAGCCGGCGUUAGGUUCUUUGCAUACUGUCUGGUUAAGAGAGCAUAACAGGAUUGCGAGAGAGUUAUCUCGCAUCAAUCCUCACUGGGACGAUGAAAGAUUAUACCAAGAGACAAGACGAAUCUUAGGAGCGGUUUAUCAACAUAUAGCGUUUUCCGAAUGGCUUCCACGAGUAGUCGGGAGGUCGGUCAUUUCCAAAUACGGACUACAACUGAACAAAGACGGCUACUUCAGAGAUUAUGACCCGCUGUGUGAUGUAACGAUCGUCAAUGAAUUUUCCGCCGCUGCGUUCAGGUUCGGCCAUAGUUUGCUCCGUCCUAAUUUCAGAAGAGCUACUCCUGAUUACCAAACAAAAGAUCCGGCCAUUCGACUUAGAGAUCAUUUCUUCAACCCAGAGGUUUUAUACGAGCCAGGUAUAAUAGACGAACUGAUUUUGGGAUUGGUCGACACUCCUAUGGAAACUUUAGACAACUUCAUUACAACAGAAGUGACAGAACACUUGUUUGAAAACAAGAGCGUCCCAUUUUCAGGGAUGGAUUUAGUUUCUUUAAACAUUCAAAGAGGUAGAGAUCAUGGUAUACACAGUUACAACGACUAUAGAGAGUGGUGCGGGCUUGGAAGGGCGAAUUCAUUCAACGACCUCCUUUCCACGACAAACUCAGAUUUAGUCGAGCAAUUAAUCAGAACGUACGCACACGUAGACGACGUAGAUCUGUUUCCCGGUGGGAUGAGCGAGAGGCCCAUCCAUGGAGGAGUCGUCGGGCCGACUUUCGCAUGCAUAAUAGCAAAACAGUUUUCAAAAAUAAAACGCUGCGAUAGAUUCUGGUACGAGAACGACAGGGAAUUCACACGAUUCACGCUAGCUCAGCUUGGAGAAAUAAGAAAAAUCCACUUGGCAUCGUUGCUCUGUAAUAACUUAGACAGCGUGAAGAGCAUCCAAAGAAACGUGUUCGACCUCCCUCAUACAUUCAUGAAUCCGAGAGUGCCGUGCAAAAAGAUACCGCAAAUCGACCUUGCACAUUGGAAGGAUAGCGCGUCGUGUUCUAUCAAACAGAUCAACAUUGAUAUCGGAAGAACGGCAAAUAUUUCACCUUGUGUCAGUUGCACAUGUACAAAAGAAGGGCCGAUUUGCCAGACCGUGAAAGUCAACAACUGUAUAUCGCUGCUGCAGAAUUUUUCACCGGAUUCUGUUGCCGCGGAUACGUCUUGUAAAGUUCAGUGCCUCUAUGUUUUCAAAGUCGUACAGGAGUACACGCAGAGCCAAAACAAAGUUAAUUUAGCAUGAGGAUCUAAAAAUAAAUUAAACUGUAAAUACUGA